AUGGAGAACGUCAACGAUGGAUUCCCGAAGCAAAUGCAGAACCAACAACUGCACUCCCAAAUGCCGACUCACAACAUGAAUCGUAGCAUGCAACCCAAUAUGAACAGUUCUGUGUCUCAAGCCAACAUGCAAUAUUCACCACCCAUGAACCAAACUAGUCACACCCAUCACUCACCUCUUAAUUCGACAUCCUCCAAAGGACUAUACACCACUUCACAUUAUCAGCAAAAUUUCCACAACACAGAUGUCCAUUCGCACUCGAAUGCCGGGCAACCGCAACAGGAACAUCAUCCGGGAUACCAAUAUGCAUCUCAUCCUCCGUUAUUCCAACCACCACAACAGCCACCCGGAGUCCCCGCUACUGCAUCUAGACAACCAAAUCAAAACUAUUCACACACCCUAAACUCAAGGAUUACUCCAACUGAGUCCAGUGACCAAGUUCUCCCCGCCCCAACCUAUUAUGCUCCUCCAGCCAAAAAACGUCGUGGUCGACCUCCCACGCAUCCUGUUGUUGAUCCUGGUGGUGUCAUCCCCGGAAUGGAUGAGGAGGAACACACACUGUUUGGCGCUAUCCGAAGCGGACGAGUUGCCCCGCAAACAGUCGUAGAUGAUUGGAUAGAACAGUAUAAAACUAAUCGCGAGCCAGCAAUGCUAGAAUUGAUUCAGUUCUUCAUUUCCUGCAGUGGCUGCAAAGGCAAAGUGACACCAGAGAUGUACAGUCAGUCCACACAUGCGGAUAUUAUCCGUCGAAUGACUGAGGAAUUCGAUGAAGAUUCAGGAGAGUACCCUCUCAUUCAGUCCAGUCCUGCUUGGCGAAGAUUCCGUUCAAAUUUUGUCGAAUUUAUCCAAGUUCUGAUCAGGCAAUGUCAAUACAGCAUCAUCUACGAUCAGUGUAUGAUUGACCAAGUCAUAUCUCUCCUUACAGGCCUCACGGAUUCUCAGGUUCGAGCUUUCCGCCACACGAGCACACUGGCUUCGAUGAAAAUGAUGACCGCUUUGGUGGAUGUAGCUUUAAAUGUCAGCAUCAAUCGUGAUAACACACAACGUCAAUAUGAAGCGGAGCGCGCGAAAAUGCUCAAUCGAAGAGCGUCUGACCGGUUAGAGGGACUGAUGCAACGGCGACAGGAACUGGAGGAAAAUAUGGAAGAAGUGAAGAAUAUGCUUAUUUAUUUAUUCAAAGGAGUUUUCGUUCAUCGGUAUCGUGAUAGUCAACCCGAAAUACGUGCAAUUUGCAUGCAAGAAAUCGGUGUAUGGAUGCGGCGUUACCCGGCAAUGUUCCUGGAUGACAGCUACUUGAAGUAUGUCGGUUGGACACUCUUCGACCGUGUUGGUGAUGUUCGUGUUCAGUGCCUUCGGGCACUUCAACCAUUAUAUGAGGAUCCUGCACUAAUCAACAGUCUGGAGUUGUUCACAUCACGGUUCAAAUCUCGCUUGGUCGAUAUGACUCUGGACAAGGAAACUGAAGUUGCGGUCCAAGCGGUCAAACUGGUAUCGUGUAUACUAAAACACAACGAUUCUGUACUGGAAGACAAGGAUUGUGAGAACAUUUACGAGUUAGUCUAUUGUACUCAUAGACCACUGGCACAAGCAGCCGGCGAAUUCCUGACACUUAAACUGUUUGAAGUUGACUCGCACGCACCGCCGACUAAAACGAAAAAAGGCAAACGUCGUAGUGAAAACACUCCCUUGAUACGGGAUCUGGUUCAAUUCUUCAUAGAGAGCGAGUUGCAUGAACACGCGGCGUAUCUCGUGGACAGCCUGUGGGAUCUUAGUCCUAUGCUACGCGACUGGGAAGCAAUGUUGGAUUUGUUAUUAGAAGAACCCGGUCGCGGUGAAGAACCGAUGGAUGCCAAUCAAGAAACCAGUCUAAUCGAAAUCAUGGUUUGUUGUGUCCGUCAGGCUGCUACCGGAGAAUCACCGGUUGGUCGACAGGUUAGUUUUGUCUGUAUUCUUGUUCUUCAUAUAAAUAGAAAUACUCCCUAG